GUCUUACACUAUGUUUCCAACCAAUUAUGAAAUUAUACUUAAGAACUUAUACUCAAGAAAUUAUACUUAACAAGCCGGAGUUUAAUUUACCCGUUCCAAUUGAAAAUUUAGAAAUUGUUGGUGACCAAUCGAAACGCCGCAUUUCUCCUCCCUUACCAACUACGACACAUUUGACAGCUUGUUGUGCAUGUUGUUACCUAACCUAGAAUUUAAUGUUUUUGUGGUUAUUAACAUGGGUUAUUAACUGAUUAUAAGCAAUUGAAUAAAUAGUUAUAAAGUAAGUAUAAAGAGCUUUAUUCCGAUAGGUAUGUGAUCAAUUUUAAACUUUCAUUGAAGCCAAAGUUACGUUUUUCUUUUAGUUAUUAUGGAUAUAGACAUAACCCCUUUUGUUUUAUCUGUUGCUGGAUUGUUAGUAGCAAGUGCAUUGACCCAAAAGAAUGAAGAUUCUAGAAAAGUCAGGAAACCUCCGAGGUGGUGGGUUCGACCAAUAUUUCAGAGCAGGAAAUCUAAAGGAGAUUUUCAUAAUCUUAUGAACGAAAUGCGUUUAAGCGAUCCUGAAAUGUUUUUUAGUUACACAAGGAUGACUAGAGAUCAAUUUGAUUAUCUGUUAUCUCUAGUGGGAAACAAACUGAAGAAAUCCUCAAGACGUGAGUCUUUAGAGCCAGCUUGUCGACUAGCUGUAACACUGCGAUUCCUAGCCACAGGAGAUUCAUAUGGAUCACUAAGUUUUGCUUUUCGCAUAUCAAAAACUGUAGUGUACCGUAUAAUUAAAGAAACUUGCGAAAUCCUUUGGAGUACAUUACAGCCUCUAUAUUUGGAACCACAUACAAAUAAUACUUGGAAAUGUAUUUCAGAUAGGUUUUUUGAAAAGUGGAACCUGCCCAAUUGCUGUGGGAGUUUGGAUGGAAAACAUGUAGUAAUUCAAUGCCCACCAGAGAGUGGCUCGCUUUACUACAAUUAUAAACACACAUAUAGCAUUGUACUUUUUGCGGUAUGUGAUGCAGACUAUGUUUUCACAUAUGUUGACAUUGGGGCAUAUGGAUCUCAAAGCGAUGGUGGCAUAUUGAAAUUGUCAACAUUUGGAAGAGCAUUAAUGGACAAUUCAUUAAAUCUCCCCAAUGACGCGCCACUCCCUUACCAAGAAACGCCUUUUCCAUUUUUUUUUGUUGGGGAUGAAGCUUUUCCUCUACAAAAAAAUUUGAUGAGACCUUAUGGAGGGAAAAAUUUAGACAUUCCGUCUAAAAUCUUUAAUUAUCGUUUAUCUAGGGCUCGCUUAUGCAUAGAAAAUGCUUUUGGCAUUUUAGUUAGUAGAUGGAGAAUUUUUCACAGAACAAUUAAUGCAUUGCCACAAAAUGUAGAUGGCAUUAUUAAAGCCACUGUGUGUUUACACAAUUAUAUUAAAAGAUGGGAGGAUAAAUUAUUGGACCAUAAAAGAAAAUACUGCAAUCGUGCUUUCGUUGACCAAGAAGAUGAAAAUGGUGUACAAUUAGGAGAAUGGAGACAAUUUUGCCCACAAAAUUCAACUCUACAACCAGUUUGUUCUACGGGAAAACGUUUAGGAGCAAGAAAUGCAGCAGGAGAUGUCCUUAGGUAUAGGAAUGUGUUAAAAGAUUAUGUAAAUAGUCCAGCAGGAAGUUUACCAUGGCAAAACCAACGUGCUAUGCAAACAGGAAAAACAGUGAACUUAUGAAAUAAUAUAUUGACAAUUAUGUAAUAAAAGCAUGUAAAUAUAACUUUCUUAAAAAAAAAUCACAAAUGA